AUGGCCAAUUUUCCAAAUAAUGGUACUUAUAAAUAUGGCCAUGAUACUGGUGAAGGAGCCUUCGAGAGUGCAAAGUCUACAAGGGUUGGACACCAAGAUGGAAGGUUUGGCUAUGUUGACCCUGAUGGCAAUUCCGUGAAUCUUCAAUACACAGCUGGUGAGGCUGGUUUUGUCCCAUCAGGAUCUCACCUCCCACAACCACAUCCUGACUUCCAUAAGGCCCAUGCUGCUGCAAGGGCUCGUCCACCUUUCGUUGAUCCCCUGGCCAACCCAAAUGCUGAUGCUUCUUAUGGUUUCCAGUUUGCUGGAGAGGGACAAACAAGAUCAGAGCAAAGUGAUGCUACUGGAAAUGUCCGAGGAUCUUACUCCUACACAGACGAUGAUGGAAUCACAAGAACCUACUCUUACACUGCAGGUCGUGGCACUGGCUUCGUUGUAGAAGGAAAUGACCUUCCACUCUCGCCUCCAACUCCUGAAUCUUCUCCAUCUACUCCAGCAGCUACACGACAAUCUUCUUCAGGUGCCAGAUUCCCCUCAAGUAGCAGAGCAACAGGAUCAUUAGGAUCUCCCUCAUCCAUCUCCUCCUCCUCCUCCUCCUCCCCUGGUUACAGGUCACCUGCUGCAGGUUCUGCGCCAUCUUCCUCUUCUGCUGUUGCAGUUAAGAGUGCAAGUGGAACCUUUUCCUCUUCACAAAGUGGGGCCUCUUCUUCACAAAGUUCAGCUAAUAAUGAUGGCUCUUACUCUUUCUCCUUCAAUGCAGCUGACCAUUCUCGUUCAGAAUCUGCUGAUGCUGACCUUAAUGUGCAGGGACAAGGAUUCACUGCAUCUGGAGAUCAUCUCCCAACUGCCCCAACUUCAAACACACCUGCCUCCUCCCAGUCCUCUGGCUUCCGUGGUACUUCACGUCCAUCAACUUACCGAGCCCCAUCAGCUUCUCCUCAGGGUUCUGCCAGCACCACAUUCUCUAGCCAACGUCCAUCUCCUCUCGCUGCUCCUCAAACCUACUCUUCUGGUGCUCGUCCCUCCUCUUCCUCAUCUCGUCCACCUUUCGAAGAAGCUAAUACCCGCAGUGAACUCAGACCAGAUGGAAGUUAUGCUUUUGCUUAUGAAACGUCCACCCACUCAAGGAAAGAAGCAGGUGACACCAACAACAAUGUUGAUGGAGAUUUUUGCCUUUGGUGAGAUGAUGGUCAACGACGACAGAUCCAAUAUCAAGCUGGAUCUGACACUGGAUUCAUUGCUGAGGGAUCCCACAUUCCUGUAGGUCCUAUUGUCCCUGGAGCACCUUCCGGUCAGCCUACAGGUAGGAUUACACCUGUAAAAGAAGUCCCUUUCAUUGACCCGUUAGCUAAUUCCAAUGCUGAUGCCUCCUAUAACUUUGACUUUGACUCUGAACAGUAUUCAAGAUCAGAGACGGCAGAUGCUGAUGGAAAUGUUAAGGGAACCUACACUGUCGUAGAUGAUGAUGGAACCAGACGCACCGUUCACUUCCGUGCUGGAGAAGGUAUUGGUUUCGAACCUCAGGAGGUGUCUUCCUCAAGGGGACCUCCCCCAUCUCGAAAAUCUCCCUCCUCUUCCUCUCCAUCACACAGAGGAACAGUUGGCUCACCAUUCUCCCCUGCAGGAGCAUUUGCUGCUUCACCAUCAUCUCAAGUUGGAACGUUCUCUUCAUCGUCACCUAGUGCCUCAACACGACCAUCUUCCCCCUCACAGUAUUCUGCUCCUUCUUCACAAAGACACAGUCCAGAAAACUUCAAACUCACUCAGUACGACGCCUCAAAGAACCCCAAUAAAUUUGGAUACGUCUUAACUUUCAACUGAUAAUGGACUCGGGUGCACCUUUCUUACAAACAACAAUGGGAAUGUGAUGUUAAUGAACGGGAUGAACCUUACUUAGUCAUAGUUAAUAAUAUUUUUAUUAUGAAACUAAUGUAUUAUAUUUUCUCACUAUCACAGUACCUGCAUUACCAUGACAAGCAAAGCUUUGGCACAUGUAAAUAAAAACAAUAAAAAGUGA